UCCCAUUUGCAGUCCCACAUAUUCCACCCUACACAGACAAUGCUUACCCGUGGAGGAAGGAAAUUGCAGGUUAUAAAUAAUCACAACCAAGCCAAACUUUGCAACUGCGUACCAAAAAUAAAAAAUAAAAAGAAAGAGAUCUGAAAAUGGCAUCACCACUUUCAGUAAUAGGUUUUCAGCUACUCCAGUUAUUUUACGUAUGGAGUGGCAUAUGUGUCGUAGCCAUGGCACUUGUACAUGUUGGAACACUCCCGGCAGCCACUACAGCUAGUAGUACCUUUGUUGGGAACGAGACUGAUCGUUUUGCGUUGCUCGCCUUCAAGUCAAAGAUUUUGCAUGACCCUCAUGGGGUUGUGAGCUCAUGGAACAAUUCUCUCCAUUUCUGCGAGUGGCAAGGUGUCAUAUGCGGUCACCGGCACAGGAGAGUCACCGUUAUAGACUUGAAGUCCAAAGGUCUAGUUGGUUCCUUGUCUCCUUAUGUAGGGAACCUCACCUUCCUUCGGAGGUUGUGGCUCUAUAACAACACUUUUCAGGGUGAAAUCCCUGUUGAACUCGGUAACCUAUUCAGGUUGCAAAUUUUGAACCUGAGCAACAACAACUUUGAAGGAGAAAUUCCAGCUAGCUUAUCCCGCUGCUCCAACCUCACACACCUUGGUGUUGGUAAAAAUAAGCUAGUGGGGAAAUUCCCCAAAGAGCUUACUUCCUUGCCAAAGCUCACAAUUCUUGCCAUUCAGGUGAACAAUUUGACGGGAGGUAUUUCUCCAUUCAUUGGGAAUCUUACUUCUCUGAAAAGCUUUAAUGCUGGUGGCAAUUCUUUUAGAGGAAGUAUUCCAGAUACCUUGGGUCAAUUGAAAAAACUAGCACAACUUGGAUUGGGUCGCAAUCAACUCUCUGGUAUGAUCCCUCCAUCUAUUUAUAAUCUUUCCUUCCUAAAUGUCUUUUCUGUGGCUUUUAACCAACUUCAUGGUAGUCUUCCGCCAAGCUUUGGUUUCAUGUUCCCUGAUCUUCAACUCCUCCAGUUAAAUGAUAACCAAUUUACCGGAACCCUUCCAUUGUCAAUAUCAAAUUUUUCAAAAAUCGAACAUUUUCAAGUAGAAUAUAACAACUUCAAUGGGAAAAUAACAAUUAAUUUUGGAAGACUACAGAAUCUCAAGGACAUAGCUCUAUCUGAUAACAAUUUCGGAAGUGGGGAACCUGAUGACCUAGCCUUUAUUGGUUCUUUGGCCAACUGUAGCAAUUUGGAAGCAUUGGGUAUGGAGGUAAACCAAUUUAGAGGGGUGUUACCAGAAUCUGUUGGCAACCUGUCAAAGAAUCUGUUUGCCUUUAUUCUUGGUAGAAAUCAAAUAUAUGGAACUAUUCCUUCAACAAUAGGUAACCUUGUCAACUUGGAUGUAUUAGGUAUGGAAGGUAACCAAUUCACAGGUACAAUUCCAACUAACAUAGGAAAUCUUCCAAAGAUGCAAGUGUUGAAUUUCGAAAUGAACCACCUCUCAGGGAAAAUUCCAAAUUCCAUCGGAAACCUGUCAUUGUUGAUUGAACUUUCCUUAGGGAGCAACAGACUAGAGGGGACCAUACCCUCAAGGCUUGCUAACUGUAAAAGGCUGUUGUUCCUGGACCUUCACCAAAACAACUUGAGUGGAAACAUUCCCAAAGAACUCUUGAAAGUCUCAUCUUUGUCAAUUUCAUUAAAUCUAGCUUGGAAUCGUUUGUCUGGUUCCUUGCCAACAGAGGUUGGAAACCUUAAAAAUUUAAUGGCAUUGGAUAUCUCUGAGAAUAGGUUGUCUGGUGAAAUUCCUAGCAGUCUCGGUAGUUGCACUAGCCUUGAAAACCUUUAUAUGCAGGAAAAUUCUUUUCAAGGAUCCAUUCCUCUAUCAUUCGAAUCUUUGAGAGGUAUUCAAAACUUUGAUCUUUCUCAUAACAACUUGUCUGGAAAAAUUCCGACUUUCUUAGAGAAAUUUUCCCUAAUGAUUCUCAAUUUGUCCUUUAAUGAUUUUGAGGGCGAGUUACCAAUGGAGGGAGUUUUCGCAAAUGCAAGUGCAAUAUCAAUUGUUGGAAAUCAUAGGCUUUGUGGGGGUAUUUCUGAGCUACAACUACCGAGUUGCAUCACCAAGAAAUCAAAACAUAAGAUGCCUCUUUCACAUAUAUUGGAAAUUACAGCAGCUUCUGUACUUGUUGGAGCAGCGCUUUUGUCAUUCUUUACAAUUUAUUUGUUCAAGGAGCAAAGAACAGCUCAAUCUACAGUUCCAGUGUUGAAAGAAUCAUUCUUGAAAGUCUCUUAUGAGAAACUCCUCAAAGCAACAGAUGGUUUCUCUUCUGCGAACCUAAUUGGUUUUGGUAGUUUUGGCUCAGUAUAUAGAGGAAUUCUCGUUCAAGAUCGGGAGUUUGUUGCUGCUAUCAAAGUACUUAACCUUCAAAAUCGUGGAGCCAUCAAGAGUUUCAUGGCAGAGUGUGAAACCUUGAGAAAUAUUCGACACCGAAACUUGGUUAGGAUCAUAACUUCUUGUUCCAGUGUUGAUUUUCAAGGGAAUGAGUUCAAAGCUCUCGUUUAUGAGUUCAUGCCAAAUGGGAGUCUAGAGAGGUGGUUGCAUGCAAGUCUAGAAACAAAUGAUGGGCAAAAUGAGCAGCAGAGACUCAACCUUCUACAAAGAAUAAACAUCGCCAUAGAUGUGGCUUGUGCGCUAGAUUAUCUUCAUCACCAAUGCCAAAAGCCGAUCAUUCACUGUGAUUUGAAGCCAAGUAAUAUCCUUCUUGACCGUGAGAUGGUUGCCCAUAUUGGAGAUUUUGGUCUAGCUAGAUUUUUCCCCGAGCUCACCAAUCCAAAUCAAAGUAGCUCAAUUGGAGUAAGGGGAACCAUCGGAUAUGUAGCUCCCGAGUAUGGGCUUGGAAGUGAGAUGUCAACUUAUGGUGAUGUCUACAGUUAUGGGAUCUUGUUAUUGGAGAUGAUAACAGGGAAGAGACCCACAGAGAACAUGUUUGAGGAAGGGCAUAAUCUUCAUAACUUCGCAAGAAUGGCCUUGCCUGACCGAGUGAUGGAGAUUGCAGACCCGGUACUCCUAGACAAUGAGGAAGAAGAGGCUAGAGCAACAACAAUUCAAGUGAACAAUGGCAGCAAAAUUGUGGAAUGUUUGAUUUCCAUGGUCAAUAUUGGAGUGGCAUGCUCUACAGAGUCACCACAAGGUCGAAUGAGCAUAAGUAAUAUCCUCCAUGAACUUCAUUUGGUCAAGAACAAACUCCUAAAAGACGAACUUCAAACUAGGACGCUGCGUAGAUUAUAGGACGCUGCGUAGAUUAUUGGACGAUAAUGGGAGCGAGCAUGGCAUGUUUUCUAGUGUGAGAUUUCAAAUGAACUUAUUCUUUUCCAAUCAAAAAAUAUCAAUUGAAAACAAUUCAAUUUCAUUAAUAUGGA